CAUAUCGACGUUUUACUAUGUAAUUUACGUCUCGAAAAUGAAUCUAUUGGACACGCCAAAAUGAAGUAAGUUCAUUAUCUAUUUAAAUACACGGCUUACAGUAUUGCCCAAUAAAUUUUAAAAAAAAAUGACCUUAUGUAAUUACUCAAAAUAAAGUUCACUAGAGAGAGUAAGCCCAGAGUCACAGUACUCACGGUCACAGUGACUGAAGUUCAGUCAGUGACUUUAGUAUGACUAGGUCUAGGGCCUAGGGUGACCAAAUCAUGAACUGGAAAAAAUGGGACACACACAAGGAGGGUGGGGGAGAUACCCUCCAGCUAAAGAGGGGUUUCGCGGCCUCUGCGGGAAACUGUUUAUUGAAAUAUGCUAAUUUUAACUAUUUUGAGACCUAGAAAUCUGGCUGGUCUUGAGUUAGACUAGAGUGUUAAAGUUAAAGGUAUAUCAUAAACCGAAACAAUUAUACAAGAAUACAUAUUUAUUUAUACAUACUUUACAAUAUAAUACAACACAAAAAAUUAAAUGCAGCCAUCAGUAUCACAUGAUCCCACAUCACUCCUGGCCCUGGCUACACAGCUAGCCAAAAUAUUAUUUGAAGUUUUAGUUUUAGUUUUAGUCAUUUGAAAAUUUGCUAAGUUUUAGAAAAAGGACAUUCAUUUAGGCACCCCGAGAGAAUUUUUCGGGACACCGGGUAUGAUUGUGAAAAAACGGGACAAUCCCGAUUUUACGGGACAUUUGGUCACCUUUCUUAAUUCUUUAGACUCCAGACAACUUCAGAUUCAGUGGUUCAUAAAAAUAAAAGACUGAAGGGUGAAGUGAAAUAUAAACAAAAAAACAUUUAUUUUGAAUAUAAUUUAUAUAUAAAGAAUAUAGAUAGAUUAUAGAGAAUAGUAGGCCUAUAGAGAUAGACUAUGUUAUACUGAACUAUAUAUAGUCUAUAGAUUACUUUAGUCUAUGUUAUAGUUAUAACAUAUAUAAUAUAUAAACAUAAUAAGUCUGGUGUUAAUUAAAGAUAAACUUAUAUAAAUUAUAUAAAAUAAAAUAGUCUAAUGUACACAGGGCAGUGCCAUGGUAAAGCGGCUCCCAGGGCGAAGCCUUAACAUGGCACCCUUACCCUGAGCAAUAAAUGAUAUUUCAUUAUAUAAUAUAAUUUAGUAUAUGGUAAAUAUUAUAAUUUAAAUAUUUAUAUCAUGUAUUAAGUUUAUAUCCUUUAAAUCUUGUUUAAAUACUGUGCUUUUUUUAAAAUAAAAGGAUGCUUGGAUUGUCACUUUGAAUGGGGGGAAGGGGAUAAUAAAUUGAGAAAGCCAAAAUUCUAGAGGGGUUGGAGGGAGGGCCUGUAGAGGAGCUUCUCCCCCAGAAAAUGUAAUGUUUUGGGAUGAAAAUAUGAGAAUGUUGUUUUUCAUAAAAGAAACCAAAGGCCGCUGAGCAAAAGUGGGGGAGAGGUUUGAAGAGGGACUCAUCAUUGCAAUUAUGCAUUCCAUUAUUUUCCAAAAAUAUGUAUAUUACUAACUUUGAAAUCGCUGGAUAUGCUUUAAAUUCAUGCCUGCACUUUAAUUACUAAAUUAAGACAGAUACAAUGCUGACAACAAUAAAUUCAAUAGAUGUAUCCAAAAAUAUUGAGUUUUGUAAUAAAAAAUACCAUAACCUUAACUUCAUUAAAUUACAGGAUGAUAAAAUUUAAUAAAGGAGGUGAAUAAAGGGUUCCAGAAGUUUAGCAUUUAUUAUGGAUAGCAGAUCUAAACUCUUGCUAUUGCCUUCUUCAAAGAAGUGAUGUCAAGUUACUUACAGGGCCUAUUUAAUUACAUUAGGGGAACAUGGCCAGCGACUGUUUUCUUAGGAAAAACUUGGGAUGUGGUCUCUGAACAGUCAAAAGAUAGUAUAUUAAAAAUAAUCUGGCUUCUUCAGUGUCCUGAGGUAAGUAUUUUUGUCUAUAUUAGUAUAUUUUUUUAACAAAAGGAUAUUGAGGUAAGGGGGAAAUAGGCCUAUAGGUUGAAAACAGGAAGUCUGUAGAAAGGUUGGGUUGGAGGCUUAUUUUCAAAGUUCCUGCUGUGCUCCUAUCCUUAACAUAUAUAUACUUAGUUUUUCUGCAACAUAAUGGAGAAGGAUGUUUCAUGGUUCUCUCAAAGGAAUAUCACCACCCUGCUAAACAGGAGCCAGUGCAUUGGCAAACAAUUUACAAAUAACUGUUUUGCAUGACAGAGUGUUACUUCCAUUUAGCAUUAGAACUAGUGCUGUAUUAAACCAUGGCAGGGCCACUAGGCUUCAAGGUUUUUGGGCCCUUCAAAAGUGUGGAACUUACAAUUAAGAGCAUUGUCAAGGCAUGGCUAAAGGUUGCAUGGGUCCCUUAUCUUGGUGCACCCCUACUCUUCAGCCUCACCAGCCUUUUGGAUAAUACGGCCCUCAUUAGAACAAUUAUUUCCUAUUCUACAGGAAAAAUCAUCAGAUGUAGUUCAACUUCUAAGACAAUUGCCUACAGGAGAAGACUGGUUUAGUGUCAAGGAUAUUGAAACAGGAUUUGAUAUCCUACAAUCAGCUGUUAUAUCAAGGUAAAGUUUAUUGUUUAAAUUGUUUUAGCUAAAUUUUUUUUUUUUACCAAUCUUUGUGUUAAUUUAUUUUGCAGUUUGCUGUCAAUAUCACAAGGCAUGUGUUUCAAACAUACAAAUAUGCAUAAUCUUUUAACAUUAAGCACAAGAUCAAAGUCACUAGUCAAGAAAGCGUUGUAAAAUAUCUCAACGAGAUCAUUUCUUUUCUUAUUGGUUUAUAAGGUUUUAUUGCGAAUCGUUCAUGGAAAUAAUAUGGUAUCCCAGGUAGUUGGCAAGUUAAUAAUUGAUAUUAUUCAGUCAAUAGAUGGUAUUAAUCCAUAAUAUAUAUGAAGCUGUAUGUUUACUUUUGAUUCAUUCAACAAGAAAUAAGGAUGUAGUCAAGUACCUUUUGUCAUUUUGUGUUGAUCUUGACUGCUACCACUGCAGUUCACCAGUGCAUUUAGCUGCAUACCUUGGAGAAAAAGGAAUAUUACAAAUCCUAUCUGAAAGAGGGGCAAAUGUAAGUUUUGUGAAAGAAAAGUUUAUAAAUUAUGAAUGAAUUUUAAAAUUUGUGUUAAAACUGCUUUCCCAAAUCCUUAAGGGCAAAAAGUUUGAAAGUAGAAAACAUUGAAUAUGAAAAAGAGAUGCCCUAAAAAAAUGCGCACACUUAACACAUUCAUACCAACGAACAAUAUUAACGAAAUUAUAAAUAUAGAAUACCCACAAGUAAUUAAACAACCCCUAGUUUGUCGUAUAAAUCCUUUAUAUGCAUUUAUUAUUAUUAUUAAAAAAAAUAAUAUUCUAAUUUCCCGCCCGCUUUUACAAGGCAGAUUUAUUUCACCAACUAUUUUAGAUAAACAAAAGUGUCCUCAUUUAUUAAUUCAUACUUACUGUUUUGUUUGUUUUUUUGCAUCUGUCCAUCUCAGGGAGUGGAUGGUAUGGUUUUUGCUUGACUAAAUUGGAAAUCACUAGGCAAUAUAUAUCCAUCAAAAUUGUAUAAUACUGUUGAGUUUUAGUUAUGAGAUAUGGAACUUAGUUAUUUAUCUUGUGUAAAUUUAAUAUUUUCAUUGUAAAUAAAUUUAAUUCUCAUAGUCAUAUUUCAAAUAAUAUAUAUUAAUGAGUUUUAAUACUAAUCUAAAAGGUAAAUAAGAAGCUGGGCAUGUGCUACCCACAGCCUCAUAAAGCUAUUUCAUACGAGCCACAUUACUUCAGUUUUUCCAAGCAGCCAGUCUAUUUGUGUAAGACUCGAAGGCUAACCCCAGUGCAGUGUGCAAUCCUUCGCAAUCAACUUUCAUGUGUUCAGGUAAUUAGCAUGACCUAAUUAUUAGAAUGGCCAGAUUUUUCCAAAGGAUACAUAAAAAUCCUUCACAUUUGAUAUAGAAUCAGGCAAAGCAAAUAAUUGCUGAAAUUUAAAAAAAAUAAAAAAUAAAAUAAAAUGCACACUAAAGCCAGUUCAGUUUAAUGAAUGAAGUAAAAGAAAAGGAAUAUUAAAUAACGUUUACUACUGAUUUGUUUUUUAGAUAAUUUUAGAACAGGAAAGAUUAAAAGUAAAACAAAGUCUGUCACCACAAAACCUGCUGAUGUACUCAUGUCAGGAGGGGGCUCCAGAUUGCAUCCGCUAUUUUGCAGAUUUGUAUCCUGAUUGCAUAAAUAAAUAUAUGAAAGGGGACACACCUUUACUGGCUGCUGUACCUUGGGGUGAACAGUAAGUAGUCAUUAAAAGCUGCAACCCUUUAAAAACUUACAUUCUUUAAAUGCUAAAUUUUUAACAGCUAUAAAGUAACAAACAUAUACAGUAGGUGAAUUUGCAAUAGGGUCUGUUUGAGUCUAUUACUAUUAAACAAAGAUUUUAAUAACAGAAGAGUCUUGAAAUGAAAGUGAUGUUAUCCAGGCAUUUUGUUUUUGGUAUAUUCUAUUUGCUCCUUGGAGACAGAGUUUUGCAGACACCUUUUUCUCAUUUAAACUAAGGUACCGUAAUAAAGUUUAAAAAAAUGUAAUCUGUUCUAAGUUUGGGUAAUUAGAUGGAAAAUACGUAACAAAGCUCAAAAGACCAGUACACAAAGAAUGAUCAUCAAAUUGAUCGUGGGCACCUCAAAUAUAAGAAGAAGAAGAAAUGAUAUUAAAGCUAGUUAUAUUAAUAGUUAUAAAAUACUAUUAAGAUGGAAUUAUAAAAAUACAAAAUCAAACAUACAGAAACAAAAACAAUAUUAACUUACAUCACCACUAGUGAAAAAAUAUAAUAGAAGAAAGGUACAAAUAUUAAUCCACUCACACACAGGGAAAAAGUUUUAAGUCUUGUAAGUUCUCUUUUCUUGUAUCUCUGGUAAGUCUUGUAAGACUAUUAGGUCUCUGAUCCUUCUACUGGUCACAGUCAACCAUUGUAUUUAUAGUGAGGGAGUCAGAACAUUCCAGAGCAGAAAGUCUAGAAAUUCAAAUGUCAGAGAGUACUUUCGUCCUCUGCAAAAGAAAACAGACUUUCCCACUAAAGGGCAGUGGGGGAACAGAGUGGCAGUACUUGUCAUCAAGUUAAUUGUUGAUGACAUUACAACAAGAGGGACAGGCAAUGCUAGCCAGGCUUCACACAAUGCAGGGUGAACAAAAACUAAGUCAACACACAAGCUAUAACAUAGGGAUUAUGGUUUUGUAACAAAAAUGAAAAAGUUCAUCGUUAUAACAUUUUAAGACUUUGUCCUUGCCAACUUACAUGUAUAAUUCACUUACAAAAUGUUUUAAAAAUUAAUUUUGGGAUAAUUUAUUCGGUAUCACAGAUGUGCAAAAAUAUUACUGGAGAGUGGCGCAGAUGUCCAUCUACGGUCAGAAUCUAUACAGGAGACAGCUCUCCACAGACUGUAUCGCCAGAACAUUGAUGGCCUUUUCACCAUCUAUGACACCACUAAAUAUCUGCUGACUACAGGCAUUGAACAAGAAGUAGGUAUGAAUUUCUAAUAACAGGUUUUUAUAUUUGCCUUUUAAUCAUUUGUAAGUGUGUCGUGAUGCAACAUUCUUAUUGUUCACUGAAUGUACAACCUUUUUUUGUUACCAUAUUAAAACAUUAAUAGAGCAAUAUGAAUAAAACACUGUUUUUCUUGCAAUAGUCUUGUGUAAAAACAUAGACAGCAGAACUGUGUUAGGAUGAAAAUGCCCACAGUCUUUUACUGAAGUCAUAGUUAAGCACACACAAGCCUAUCAAGCAAGCCAUCUCUCUCUUUGGAUGAUUGUUGGUUGUGAAAGUAUUUUGUAUGGUAACUGCUUGAGAUGAGAUAAGAUGAGAUUCUUUUUUUGAUCCAAACAAAUGGAAAUGCUUUUUGACUGCAUUUUCCAUUUUCAGCACAUAAAUAAAACAAUUUGAACACGAGACAUUAAAUUAUUUCACUAGUGGAAAAAAACCAGCCAUUCAGUGAAUUUUCUUAGUUCUAUCAGGGACUUGAUAGUUCUCAUUAAGAUUUGUGACUACAGGGGGACCACGUUGAAUGUUAGACUUUCGGAGUCUUAGUUUACAUGGAUUACGUCCAAAAGUCUCUCAAGUGAGGAUAAUACAGAUUUUGGUGAACUCCCUGGAUAGGUAAAAUGGCUUUAAAGGGAUGCAGAGUUGUUCUUUGGCGUAUUUAUAAGCUACAUGUUUCACUGUACUGUUGUUGAUGCUACAGUAGUUUUUUUUAACGUAUAUUGCCAAUUCCCCUUCCCUUGGAUUUGCCGCUGUCAGUUGUUCUAUGGGCACGGAAAAUUUUAAGUUUGUCCAGUGCCACUACUGAAUCUUGGUACCCUGUCUUUAAGCCAUGUUUCUGCCAGACAUGUUAAAGAGAUUUUGUGAAAUUGAUAGAAAUGCUUACAGCAACAAUCCAGUUCAUCCAUCUUGUUACAUAGUGAUCCAACGUGUCCCAAAACAACAGGUGGAAGAAAGCCCCUGUUUCUGCAUUUCACACGAAUGCCUCCCUUGUGCCCCGCUUUCUUUGUCUCAGUCGUGAAUCAUUUGCCAUUUGUUGUUAACAUGACGGAAGUUUACAAAAAUGGCAAAAGUGACAUUUUUACUCUAGUCUGAGUAAUUUGAUAUCCAAUGUCCAUAUUAAAGCUAUUUCCCGUGAAGAGAAACACAAAACUCACAAGGAAAUCUUCCUUAGCACCUCCAUUUUUAAUUGAGUGAAAAACAAUUAAAUAAAACGUAAAAACUGUAAAAAUGCUGAAAAAGAUGCACUAAUGCAAUGGAGUCGCCUGCAUAGCAGCGCCCUGGAAGUAUAUUGAGAUUGUUAACCCGGCAUUUCAGACUUGGGGUUAUCCCAAAAUUUCUACUGGGGUAUAACCCAGCAUUUCUACUUGGGUUUUACCCAGCAUUAUAACUUUAGAUAUCAUUAAAAUAUAAUUUUGAGAGAACAGGAGAUGCAAAAGAUUAAUUACUUAUUAAAAUUAGUUAGGGGAGAUAACUACCAUAUAUUUUAAGCCAUUUGGGAGAAAAUUAUGAAUUAAAGCUUGAAAAUUAUUAAAGACAGUGAAGGCUAGAAAAUAUAAAAUUUGAUCAGUUUCAAAAUAAUUGCAGAUCAACAGUGUGAUCAAAAUUUUGUAACAAAGAUCAUAUUUAAUAUUAUUAUUAUUAUUUUUAAAAUGCGAACCUUUUUAUGUGUUUGUAUCUCCCAGGUAAAUACAUACACCCAUCUUAAGGAAACAGCAUUGCAUAUGUUAGUGUCCCACAUCUCAUACACAGGAGGCAACUAUGUGGACCCUCAAAGGCAGCUGCCCAGGGCACAGUUACAAGAGAGCUAUCAAUCCCAGGUUGCUUGUUCAAUAUCAUUUUGUAACACUCAAUUCUUGUAACGCUGAGUUCUUGUAACUCUCCGUUCUUGUAACUCACAGUUCUUGUAACACUCAGCUUUUUUAACUCUCAGUUCUUGUAACACUCAUUUCUUGUAACUAUCAGAUCAUGUAACUAUCUGUUCUUGUAACUGUGAGUUCUUGUAACUCUCAAUUCUUGUAACACUCAGCUAUUGUAAUAAUCAGUUCUUGUAACACUCAGUUCUUGUAACACUCAGUUCUUGUAACGAUCAGUUCUUGUAACACUCAGUUCUUGUAACUAUUAGUUCUUGUAACACUCAGUUCUUGUAACUAUCAGUUCUCAUAACACUCAGUUCUUGUAACAAUCAGUUCUUGUAACUAUCAGGUCUUGGAACUGUCAGUUCUCGUAACACUCAGUUCUUGUAAUACUCAGUUCCUGUAACUAUCAGUUCUCGUAACACUCAGUUCUUGUAACACUCAGUUCUUGUAACACUCAUUUCAUGUAACUAUCAGUUCUUUUAACACUCAGUUCUUGUAGCUAUCAGUUCUUGUAACUAUCAGAUCUCGUAACACUCAGUUCUUGUAACACUCAGUUCUUGUAACACUCAGUUCUCGUAACUACCAGUUCUCGUAACACUCAUUUCUUGUAACUAUCAGUUCUCAUAACACUCUGUUCUAGUAACUAUCAGUUCUUGUAACACUCAGUUCUUGUAACACUCAGUUCUUGUAAAUAUCAGUUCUCAUAACACUCAGUUCUUGUAACACUCAGUUCUUGUAACACUCAGUUCUUUUAUUUACCAUUUUGAUCUCCAGACUUUAUUUAAAAAAUUAUCCCUAACCAUAAUUCUGCAUUAUUAUUUUAUGUUAAAAAAAAUUGACAUAUAAUUGUUUUUGUGACCGGUUGGGGGGGAGGGGAGCAUACUGGCAAGAGGGCCAGGCCAACAGGUUGAAAGCCUGAAUGCUUGUUUGUAUAGUUUCUGCAUUUUGCUAGCAUCCCAUGAGAGUAAAAAUAUUACUGCUACAAAAUCAUGAACAAAUUCAAACUCAGGCCCGCCACCACCAGAGAAGGGAGGGCCCUGGAAAAGGGGUUAUGAAGCCACCUAAUCAAACUCAAAAGGGAGCUGAGUUGCAGGCUACCUCCUUUUCAUUGAGGAAAAUUACCCAGGCUGGCAACUGGAAUGUAUGCACAAUGCAUGAGAUGGGGAAAGUUUAUCAGGCGGCAUUAGAGUUUAAAAAUUACAAUAUAAGUAUUCAAGGGGUCAGUAAAGCAAGAUGGACAAAAUCAGGAAGAAUAAAACUAACAACAGGAAAGACAACUUUAUGUUCAGGGAGGAAGAGGAAAAUAUACAACACACAGAAGGAGUGUCUGUAUUACGGAGACAGUGUCUGUAUUACUGAAGCAGUGUCUGUAUUACGUUCUACACAGCCAGAACAUUCCCUUAUAAAGUGACAACCACAAAUGUCAUGGAUAACAGCAACAUUUAGAAUAUUCAAGAAGGAAGAUAAUUUAAAUGUAUUGCAAUACUAAGCUCCUACCAGCCAUGAAGAAGGAGAGAAUAAAAAAUGAUUUCUGUGCUAGAUUACAAACAGUGGUAGAUCAAUUUAGAGAUAUGAUGAUUAAUGAAGGAAGACUUCAACUCUAAAAUAGGGAAUGAUAAAACAGGAUAUAUACAGGAGAUAAUGGGGAGCCUUGGCCUAGGAAUAAUAAUACAAGAUAUGAAGAGAUUAUAGGGAGUUUUGUCCUAGGAAUAACAAUACAGGAUAUGAGGAGAUUAUGGGGAGUCUUUGCCUAGGAAUACAGGAUAUGAGGAGAUUAUGGGGAGUCUUUGCCUAGGAAUACAGGAUAUGAGGAGAUUAUGGGGAGUCUUUGCCUAGGAAUACAGGAUAUGAGAAGAUUAUGGGGAGUCUUGGCUUAGGAUUAAAUCAUUAGAGUUUUAGAAGUAUUUACUGAUUUUUGUGCUGAUGAUACACUAGUGAUAGGCGGAAGAAUAUUUAGAAAUGCAAAUUUAGCAUUUCUAAAAAAAAAAACAAAGACGAUGCCGAAAAACUAAAUACAAUGUUACUUUUCUAUAGUUGAACCAAAUACAAUGUGGCAUUUCUAUAAAUGAACCAAAUACUAUGUUACAUUUCUUUAUCUGAACCAAAUACAAUGUUACAUUUCUGUAGUUCAACCAAAUACAAUGUGGCAUUUCUAUAGUUCAACCAAAUACAAUGUGGCAUUUCUAUAGUUCAAACAAAUAUAAUGUGGCAUUUCUAUAGUUAAACCAAACACAAAGUGGCAUUUCUAUAGUUCAACCAAAUACAAUGGGGCAUUGUUAUCGGUGAACCAAAUACAAUGUUACAUUUCUAUAAAAGAACCAAAUACAAUGUUACAUUUCUAUAAAUGAACCAAAUACAAUGUUACAUUUCUAUAGUUGAACCAAAUACAUAGUUAAAUUAAUAUAGAUAUACCAAAUACAAUGUUAAAUUUCUAUAGUUGAACCAAAUACAUAGUUAAAUUACUAUAGAUAAACCAAAUACAAUGUUACAAUUCUAUAGUUGAACCAAAUACUAUGUUACAUUUGUAUAGUUGAACCAAAUUUAAUGUUACAUUUCUAUAGUUGAACCAAAUACAAUGUUAAUUUUCUAUAGUUGAACCAAAUACUAUGUUACAUUUCUAUAGUUGAACCAAAUACUAUGUUACAUUUCUAUAGUUGAACCAAAUACUAUGUAACAUUUGUAUAGUUGAACCAAAUUUAAUCUUACAUUUCUACAGUUGAACCAAAUACAAUGUGGCAUUUCUAUAAUUUAACCAAAUACAAUGUGGCAUUUCUAUAGUUGAACCAAAUACAAUGUUACAUUUCUGUAAUUCAACCAAAUACAAUGUGGCAUUUCUAUAGUUCAAAAUAAUAUAAUGUGGCAUUUCUAUAGUUAAACCAAAUACAAAGUGGCAUUUCUAUAGUUCAACCAAAUACAAUGUGGCAUUUCUAUAUUUAAAACAAAUGCAAUGUGGCAUUUCUAUAGUUGAACCAAAUACAAUGUGGCAUUUCUAUAUUUAAAACAAAUGCAAUGUGGCAUUUCUAUAGUUGAACCAAAUACAAUUUUGCAUUUCUAUAGUUAAACCAAAUACAAUGUGGCAUUGUUAUCGGUAAACCAAAUACAAUGUUACAUUUCUAUAAAUGAACCAAAUACAAUGUUACAUUUCUAUAGUUGAACUAAAUACAUAGUUAAAUUACUAUAGUUGAACCAAAUACUAUGUUACAUUUCUAUUGUUCAACUAAAUACAUUGUGGCAUUUCUAUAGUUUAACCAAAUACAAUGUUAUUUUUCUAUAGUUGAACCAAAUACAAUGUUACAUUUCUAUAAAAGAACCAAAUACAAUGUUACAUUUCUAUAAAUGAACCAAAUACAAUGUUACAUUUCUAUAAAUGAACCAAAUACAAUGUUACAUUUCUAUAGUUGAACCAAAUACAAUGUUACAUUUCUAUAGUUAAACCAAAUACAAUCUCCAGACAGAUUGGACUUGGGGUACAUGAAAACAAAACUAAAGUUAUGAGAAUAAAUUCAAAUAGCACAGGAGCUAUGGCAAUAAGAGUGAAAGCACUAGGAGGAGUAGAUAGUUUUACCUACCGGUACCUAGGAAUUAUAGUUUUUUAGGAUAGGGGGAUAUGAGGCAGGUAUCAGGGCAAGAAUACAGAUGGCAAAGGGAGCUUUUGCCUUAGUUAAAAAUAUUUGGAAUUCUAGGUAAAUUAGGAGAAUGAAAAAAAUUAGAAUGUUUAGACCAUAUGUUAACCCUUUUUGUUGCAUGGCUCAGAAAGCUGGAGAUCAACCAAGAAAGAUUAGAAAAGACUGCGCAAACCUUCAUGAACAGCUGCCUUCAUAAAAAUCUUCAACAUCAAGUGGUUCCACAAAAUCCCAAACACAACAUGUAAUGAAAUGGCAGUGCAAAGCCUAAUGGAGCAAGAAAUAACCAGGAAAGAAGGUGGAGAUGAGUAAUAUCAUGAGAAAACCCAUUCCUAAUUUAGCAAGACAAGCCCUUUUAUGUAGCCCUCGUAGGUCAAGAGGAUGAAGAAGACCCCAAAACACCUGGAGAAGACCCCAAAACACCUGGAGAAGACCCCAAAACACCUGGAGAAGACCCCAAAACACUUGGAGAAGACCCCAAAACACCUGGAGAAGAGACCAAAAUGCUGGGAAAUUGUUAUUGGCCUAUGCUCCAAUGGGAGUUGAAAAGGCAAAGAAAAAGAAGAAUGAAAUUUAAAAAAACUAGAUGAGUUUGGCCAGUGUGUUUGAUUCUUCUCUUUCUUAGCAAGGGCCAUUUCUCUUAAGAUCACAAAUUGUGAAGCAAAUAUGCUGUCAAUGAACCUGAAAUUUACUUCAUAAAUGUUCCAUAGGUUCUGGCUGCUAUUCGUCUCCUCCUAGAGUUCAAUGCCGACCCACAUUUGUUGAAUGGAACCAGACUGACACCACUGAGUCGUCUGCUACACAUUGGUCUGAAAGUUGUGCACAAGGCAGACAAGUGUGAGUGUGUUAGGACAUCUCAGCCAGACAUUUACAUAGGAGAUUACAAACAUGACUAUGAAAUCCUGGCCAAGGCAAUGGAGAUUCUGUUUGAAUUUAAAUCUGAUUCAAACUUCAUGUGCCAGGUAGGGCUUUAAAAAUUAUAAUUCUAAUUGAUAUUUUGGACUACUAUGAAAAUAAUUUUUGGCUAAUUUAUGCUUAGAGGUGGAGUGUGAAUAUUUUGUAAUUUUAUGAUCUUUAGGUUAGACUUGAAAGUUACAUUGUAAACAUUCUAACUCUUGCCAGGUGGGCCACACACCCUUGAUCCUCCUGUUGCAAUUCCUUCUUUACGAUGACCUGGCCAAUCUUUGUGCUCAGUCCACAAGUGUCCUUAGGACAGUGGAGGUGCUGCUAAAAAAUGAGGCGGAGCCUAAUUUUACAGAUGGGGCCCAUGGGACGGCUCAUAGUUUAAGUGAGUCAACAAAUAGACUUACUUUGAUCAAUUAAAUAGUCUUAGGUGCUUUCCUUGAACUUUACAUAUUUUAACUUAGGUUUUUGAAAUACAGAGAUAAAUGUGGUUUGAAUUUUUAUUUUUUCCUGUCAGAUCAGCUUCAUCCGCCACUACCUCACAGAUAGCGCAACAAAAACACUAGUUUGUACUUUGUUUUCUCUCGUCUUGACUAUUGUAACUCCCUUCUGUCCGGUUCACAUAAACAUUGCAUAGAAUAACUGCAGAAAGUUCAAAACUCCGCUGCUAGGUUAGUUCUAAAGGCAAAGAAAUGUGAUUAUAUCACUCCACUACUUCACUCACUCCAUUGGCUCCCUAUACAGGCUUGCAUUGAUUACAGGCUGUCUUUUCUCUGUCACAAUUUUUUCUCUGGUUCCUGCCCUUCCUAUCUUACUGAACUUCUUUCUGUCUAUUCGCCCCUUCAAAAGCUUUUUUCCUCCGCAGAUACGAGUAUUCUUUCUGUUCCCAGAACCCGCACUAAAACAUACAGUGAACAACCUUUCUCUUUCUGUGCCCCAAAGCAAUGGAAUUCUCUCCCAUUACACAUCAGCAAUAUAACGAACAUCCCAGCCUUCAAAACUGCCCUCAAGACUCAUCUCUUCAAACUGUACUAUACCAAUUCAUUCUCACUCCCUCUGGCUGAUAAAUAACACUUAAUGCUGCUGUGUGCUGUCCAUGGCUAGACAGAGGUAGAGAUUACUUGGGUGGGUGAGGUCAAGGUUUUCACCAAUUGUUUUUAAAUGUAUAAUUUUCUGUAAUUGCUCAUUUUUUUGUGAAGCGCAGUGAGCCUAGCCCUAGGCUGGAGUACUGCGCUACAUAAAACCACCUUAAUAAUAAUAAUAAUUUCUUUUACUGAGAUGCAGUUGCAGUAAGAGAUUUUUCUUCUUCUUCUUCUAUAUCUUAAGGGCCCACGAUCAAUUUAUUGAUCAUUUUGGCUCCUAUGCAUGUAGAUGGGAUUUGCAAUGUUUCUGUUACUGGUGUUGAUGAGGAAAUCAUGCACUAGCGGUUUGAAGGCUUGAGACAAUAGACACAAAUGUGUCUAGUGUUGUCGCCUCAACCGUUCCUUUUGAAAGAUUGUUCUAGUCCCUGAUUGUCUUGGGCAGGAUUGAGCAGCUCCUAUACUGGCUUCUUGCUGGUAUGAGCCUGAAUUGCCUGUCAUGGCCUCGUCGCUGUCUAUGGGGGAGAGGGACGAGUUUCCUUUUAACAGUGGACAGUGGAACAGUGGACCAGCCCAUUAUUUAUCUUGUACAUCAUGGAGAGCCUGGAUUGUCGUCGUCGUUUCUCCAAUGGUGACCAGCCUAGUGUUUCUAGCAUGCUGCCAACACUAGAGGUAUUCCUGUAGCGCAAAUCCUGUUUCGCACGACGAGCAGCGACCUGGCGGAGGUUGGACACAAUGCUCUUCUGGGUAAAUGGGUCCCAGACUGAAGAUGCAUAAUCUAAAAUCGGACGGAUAAAGGCUUUAUAUGCUCUUUCUUUCACACGGGAGUUGCCAAUCUUUAGAUUUCGCCUUAAGAACCCUAGGGUCUUGUUUUCUUGGUUACAUACAUUGUUAAUAUGCUCGUCCCAGCGGACCUCUCUUUGAAUGGUAACACCCAGGUACUUUACUUUUUGAGAUAUGUAACACUGUGCUAAUGUCUUUAGGCACUAAACUGCCCUUUAGUUAUAAGAUUAUCAAAAUUGAUAAAGUGCUGUGAUUUAUUUUUGUCAUACAUAGAAGUCAGUAUAAAGAGAUGCAUCAUUUAAGAAAUGUUUUGAUUAAACUCUGCCAUAAUUUUUCUUAUCCUUUAGUUGCCAUGAUCUGCCAUCGCUGUAUGCAGGAUGAUCCAGAAAAUCUGGGUGUGCCCCUAGGUCAGUCACCAUUGUUAAGAGAGCAGUUUGGUGAGCUGGUAAAUGAGGUUCUCUGUGUCAUGCUGAGACACGGUCUAGAUCCCAACCAUAAGUCUAACAAAAUAUCCCGUCACCUUCAAGGUGGACAAGGCAAUGGAUUGAUUGGUGGGUACUCGAUACAAGAUCUGAGUAUUAAAUGAAGUAUUAAAUUAAACAAAAUCUACCAUUUAAUUAUCUAACACCGUGCAUGGUAUCACAAAUGUAGUCCAUCUGAAUCUAGACUAAUUUGUUCUUAGGGAAAACAGCCUAGUUUGAAUUGACCAUUUAGCCAAUAAAAGGUCUCUGUUGUAGGGGAGGAGGUUAACUCUGUAUAUAAAACCACUAAAGUUGGAAGAUAGCUAAGCUGGUGUGGGGUACAAAAUUUACUGUAUACUCUAUAGGGACACACAAAAUUAAAUUUAUGCUUCAUUUGACUAUUAUCUUAAGUAAGUUUUUUUUUAAAUUUCUAGACAGACUUUGGGCACUAUUUAGCAAUCUUUUAAACCUCUAUCACUUUUUAUUUAGCCAUUGUCUUGGGAGCAAAAACUCUUCUUGUAAACUCUUUUAAGAUAGAUCUAUUAUAUUUGUAAAGAUUGUUUCCAGCUUAUUUAAGUAAUAAUAAUUCAAAUUCAUUAAAUUAAAAAAAGAGUUUGUCAGCCUCGUGAGCACAGCAUCAAGUAAUGCAGAAUUCCAACUUGUAGAGAAAUGGAUUCGAACUCUCCUACAAUGGGGAGCAGAUCCUGACCUUGAGCCCUACCCAUCUGAACCAAUCAUAUGUCACUGUCAGAGUUCAAUCUUCCUGAAGAAGCUUCCAACACAACCCCUGGCCCACCUGAUUCAUGAGGUAUGGCAUAGCUAGCUCACCUGAUUCAUGAGGUAUGGCAUAGCUAGCUCAGCUGAUUUAUGAGGUAUGGGAUAGCUUGCUCACCCAAUUUAUGAGGUAUGGGAUAUUUAGCUCACCUGAUUCAUGAGGUAUGGCAUAGCUAGCUCACCUGAUUUAUGAGGCAUGGGAUAGCUUGCUCACCCGAUUUAUGAGGUAUGGGAUAGCUAGCUCACCUGAUUCAUGAGGUGUGGGAUAGCUAGCUCACUUGAUUUAUGAGGUAUGGGAUAGCUAGCUCCCCUGAUUUAUGAGGUAUGGGAUAGCUAGCUCACCUGAUUCAUGAGGUAUGUCAUAGCUAGCUCACCUGAUUCAUGAGGUAUGGGAUAGCUAGCUCACCUGAUUCAUGAGGUAUGGCAUAGCUAGCUCACCUGAUUCAUGAGGUAUGGGAUAGUUAGCUCACCUGAUUCAUAAGGUAUGGGAUAUUUAGCUCACCUGAUUCAUGAGGCAUGGCAUAGCUAUCUCACCUGAUUCAUGAGGUGUGGGAAUAAUUAGCCUACGUGAAUUUCUUGAUGAUCAAUUAAAACAAAUUAUAAUUUUGUGAAUAAAAAUGCUAAAGAUGGGAAGCAUUUUCAUGGCUGAAAAGCAGACAGAGGUUUUUACUAUUCAUUUUUAUGUUUUCUUUUCAGUAAAUCAAACAUAGUAUUUUUCUCUGGGUGAUGAAUAGUCAGUACUUAUUUUGCCUUAGCUAUUGAUGCGUUAAAUGAUUUUGAAUACAUUAAUUCAAAAUUUCAGGUAAAGGAUAAAGAGAAUCUUUUGUUUAACAAGUCAGUGCAGAAUAUUUUGCUGCUGUUCUACAACACGAUGGACCACAAGGCCUUGCAUGGGUGUCUAACUGCCUCUAAAAGUAUCCUUCACUUACAACCCUCUGGCAUCCUGCUGGACGGCCUCACCGUCUCCAGCUUGUGUGAUGGUAGUGUCGACUUCCUGACCUUGAUCAACAUGAUGAGCGGGAAUCCCCAAUCCCUGAAAGAACUUUCUCGUGUAAGCAUUUACAAAUCCCUGAAGCACAACCUGGCCAGUAAAGUGGAGAGUCUCCCACUGCCCAGUGUUGUCAAGAAAUAUGUUCUGGAAAUAGCAACAUGAGAUAUGUUUUAGUAAUCUCAAAGUAAAGAGGAUGAUUUUGUUUUCAUGAUAUUAGUUAUCUUUUAUUGUUGAAAUCCAUUUGAUGUGAAUUUGGUACACCAGAGGCUCCCGAAACCUUUUUAUGGCAUCCAGAUUUACCCAGGUGGCCUUAUUUAAUUUCUAAUAAGUGCACUGCAAAAUAGAACACUUUUAUUACAUUUUUUUACGUUGGUCCGCAAAGCUUUGUAACCUCUGGGUUAUACUACUACAUGUGUCAUGAGAUUAAAAUUGGUCCUCAGGGAAGAGCUGCAGAAGUUAGUUUAUAUUACAGAUUUGUUAUGUCAGAUUGGCAUUAACUUUUAGUGAAUGGGAAUGGUUUUAUGAGAAAGAAAUUUUUGUGCAUCUUAUCUACACUAAUAUAAUUUUUUAAGACAAAUUGAUCAUAAAUAUAAUCAUAUACGGUAAUAAAAUAAAAAGUUAAAAGUAAUAUUUUUGCCAAUGUACAUGUUUGGGUCAUAUUUCACUGCACUUAAUUGUCUGCAAUUAUUUAGCAUCUAAAAACAAAAUUGGGCAAUAUUUGUGCCAGAUCUUUUUUUUAUCUUGAAAUCCAAAGAAAUAAUAAAUUUUAUUAUAAUUGGCCAUGAGGCACUGUGAAAACAAGUGCAUGUGCUAAAAAUGUGAUACCAGUGAGUGUCAGUACAUAUUUCACAACACAGACUGCUGUACAAGUCAGCAAGGAAUAUUUUUGUGUGUUAACAAUGAUAACUAUUCCAACCUAAAGUGAAAGCUCAACUGUGCACAACAGUACUUGGAGAUGUGCACAACAGUACUUGGAGAUGUGCACAACAGUACUUGGAGAUGUGCACAACAGUACUUG